UCUCCCUCUCUCUCUCGCUCAUGGCUUCCAGACUCUCACUCAUUUCCAUUCCCAAUCUUCCAACGCCAGCUAGAACAUUCCCAAAACACCCUCAACAAAUACCUCUUUUUUCUCUUCCACCUCAUAGUUUUCAUGUAAAUCCCUCCUGCAAUUCGAGGACCAUUUCGAGCUCUAAUGGAGGAUCAUCGCCAGCACUUCAUGCUGUCCGAGAGGAAGUGAUCCCAUCCACCAGUUCAGAUUCCAUCAGUGAUUCCAAAACUGCCCCUUCCUCCUCUUCCAAGGUCGUUCUCGUCAUUGGAGGCACCGGCGGUGUCGGUCAGCUGGUAGUGGCUUCGUUGCUCAACCGGAAUAUUAAGGCACGCCUAUUAUUGCGUGACCCUGAGAAAGCAACUACGUUGUUUGGUGAACAAGAUGAAGAGAAAUUGCAGGUCUUCAAAGGAGACACUCGGAAUGCAGACGAUCUAGAUCCAUCUAUUUUUGAGGGAGUCACACAUGUGAUUUGCUGCACAGGAACUACGGCUUUUCCUUCGAAGCGGUGGGAAGGGGAUAAUACACCAGAAAGAGUUGAUUGGGAGGGCGUGAGAAAUCUUGUAUCUGUACUGCCUUCUUCGCUGCAGAGAGUUGUUCUUGUAUCAUCAGUAGGUGUAACCAAGUUCAAUGAACUGCCUUGGAGCAUUAUGAACCUUUUUGGUGUUCUCAAAUAUAAGAAAAUGGGGGAGGAUAUUCUUCGUAAUUCUGGUCUAUCAUUUACAAUAAUCAGACCUGGUAGAUUGACAGAUGGACCUUACACAUCAUAUGAUCUUAAUACAUUGCUGAAAGCUACAGCUGGCCAACGCCGUGCAGUCCUAAUAGGUCAAGGAGAUAAACUAGUUGGAGAGGUUAGCAGACUCGUUGUUGCUGAAGCUUGCAUACAGGCAUUGGACAUAGAAUGUACUGAAGGAAAAACUUUUGAAGUUAACUCAGUUGAGGGAGAAGGUCCAGGAAGCGAUCAGCAAAAGUGGAGGGAAUUAUUCAAAGCUGCCCAAGCUCAAUAACUGUACUCUGCUUCUAAUUCAUGCAUGUAUACUAUGAAUUGCUUGAAAACAAGAAAUAUAAGCAAUGAUCUGUCUGUCUAUAUAUUGUAAAUAAUCACUAUGUAAUAUUUCAAUUUAGAUCUGUAAAUUUUGUCUAAUGUCCUUCACUUUUUUUUUUACAGUUAUGAAUGCUCAUUUCAACCUGUAAAA